AUGGAUUCUCAACGCACCGACCAGAUUAAUUGCGAACUGAAAACGCUUUGUCUUCAAACUCGUUUGACGGCAAUUCACUUGGAUUCAUUGUUUCAGCAAGAUCAUCAGGUCACCUUUGACGAUGUGGAGAAGAUGGUACAGAAGCUUGAAAAGGAAUGGAACAUGCUAACUAUUCAAGAUGUCGUCUGGAAUCAUGCUGCGAAGAACGCUAAAUGGCUUCAGUGUUGGUCGAUUGAAAACACAAAGUUCACUGACCGUAGGCGAAGAGCAACUGAUAUUAAUGACAUGGUCUAUCACCACUUUGGACGCGAAGUCAGUGAAGGAAAGUGGGCUUCUCGUGGAGUACCAGAGGUUGUCGAUAAUGUGCAUCAUACGAAUGCUAUCGAAUACAUCCUGCGAACCGAAGUGCUCCCAAAAAUCCGUCUACAUGAGUUCUUCCAAGUGAACGUUGAGGAAAAUGUCAAGAAGUUCGAGGAAAUGGCGAGAGCGCAAGGACCUUCAUCAGAGCCUCUUGACGAGUUCCUACCCAUUGCACAAGAUCCUGAAUGGCGACGAUUCGGAUCGUCUGUCGAUUGGGACAAAGCGAUGCGAAUUUUCAAUAGAAACAGGGAUGACGCUUCGUCAGAAGAUGACCGCAUAGCGAAGUGUGUAGAUGCUUUCACUUAUCAUCUGCACUAUUUGAACGGCGAAGCUGGAAAAGAAGCUUGGGAAAUCCUCAUGGCAGGACUUCGAGCUAUGAUGGGACACAUUUACUAUCAGCGCUUAGCCGACGAUGGUCCAAAAUAUGGAGCUGUAACGCCAAAACACAAACUUACCACAGAGUCUGUCACUUUUUAUUCCUGCGUGGAGAAAAAAACGGAAUUGCUACUUUUCAGCUACUUCUUACAAACCGAGCCCUUGGAUUCAUGGGAAGAGGAGGAGAAAUUGGCAUUUGAUCCGGACAGGUCUCGGUAUCUGAUGGCUUUCAACGGGUGGGUGAUGUGCCAUAAUCCGUUGGAGAACUUCGCUUUACCAAACUCGCAGGUCUAUCUGCGCCGUGAACUGGUCUGUUGGGGAGACUCGAUCAAGUUGAAUUACGGCGAGAAACCGGAAGACUGUCCAUAUCUCUGGCAGUACAUGAAGGAAUACACGUGUGUUUAUUACUUUUACAUAUGCUUUUAUUAG